AUGGGCCUUGAUGGGUUGGGCGGAAACGGAGGCGGAGAAGAGGAGGAAGGAGAGGGGGAGGGUGGUGAGGGUAAAAAUGGAAAGAAAGAUCUGUUUGUUUACCGGAAAAAUUUCGAAGGAAUUGAAGAGAAUCUUGAGGCAAAACAAGAGGGACCUGCCUUCCUAUAUGAUGAGAUCAAUGGCAACCGUUCCAAAUCCUUAUCAUUUAUUGAUUACUUAGAUUGGCCUGAUGACCGUGUUACAAAACCAGCAUCAGUAAUCUAUAUAUCAUUUGGUCCACAAGCACACUUGUGUAAUGCUGACAUUGAUGAAAUUGGUUAUGGGUUGGAGCUGUCUGGUCAUGAUUUUUUGUGGGUGGUCAAGUCAAAAACAUGGCGCCUUCCAAAUGGGCUGGAAGAGAAAGUGAAAGGAAACGGGUUGAUUGUAAAGGAUUGGGCGGAGCAGAGACAGGUAUUAGCUCACCCUGCAGUUGGAGAUUUCCUGAGCCAUUGUGGUUGGAACUAG